CCUCCUCCUUCUUGCUGACCUUCGCCACCUCCCCCUCCUCUUCGGCCCUCCAGUGGCUGGCCGCCUCGAGGAUGAAGUUCGACGGGUUUAUGGACUCAAUGUCGGGGUUUACUCAGUUUACAAUCGAGGAGACGACGAUCUCGAGCAAGCUGUGUUUUGUUGAUGACGCUCCAAGAAUCGGAAGUCAACAUACUGAAGAUUCCAGACAGGCUAAUAACAUGUCAUUAAGCUUUUCUAGUUAUGUAUUUGCCUCAUGCUACAUAAUGCAGAUUAUCAGGUGCUUGACAAGGUGCUUGACAAUUAUAAGAAUCUUGAGAUCAAAAAACUAAUGAAUGAGAAGAAAGAGGCAUUGGCUGCACAAUUUGCGGCAGAAGCAACUCUAAGAAGAGUUCAUGCAAAUCAAAGCCUGUUUGUUGAGGCUAUCAUAGCUCCCUAUGAGUCUGAUAUUAGAAAGUACAAAAUUGAGAUUGCAUCUCUACAAGAGGACAUAAAGGCAUUAGAGAGACUAAUAAAAUCCAAAGAUGUAGCAUUAGUAGAAGUUGAAAGAACAUUGCAUUCCGCUAAUGAACGGGCAAUGAUUGUAGAAAAUUUGCAAAACCAGAACCUUGAACUGAAGAGGCAAAAAGAGAUAUGCCAGGAAGAAAACAGACUACUAGAGAAAGCAAACAGGCAGAAGGUUUUGGAGGUUGAGAGUCUUUCUCAGACUAUCAGGGAACUUGAGGAAUCCAUUCUUGCUGGUGGUGUAGUUGCUAACGCGGUCCGCGACUACCAGAGGCAGGUCGCUGAGUUAAAUGAAGAGAAGAAGACUCUUGAAAGGGAACUGGCUAGAACUAAGGUCUCAGCAAAUCGCGUGGCAGCAGCAGUAGCAAAUGAGUGGAAAGACGAAGGCGAGAAACUCAUGCCUGUCAAGCAAUGGAUAGAAGAGCGCAGGUUUUUGCAGGGAGAGAUACAAAGGUUGAGAGACAAGCUAACUAUAUCAGAACGAACUGCCAAGACUGAAACUCAACUCAGGGAUAAAUUCAAGCUGAGGCUAAAGAUACUAGAAGAAGGUUUGAAGGGAGCAUCAAAUUCUGAGCCAGUGAAUGGAUCUACAUUUUGUAAUGGAAGUAUAAACAAGCGAUCAUCAUCUCAGCCAAGGGCUUCUGUUGCUUCCAUUAGUAGUUCAGUCCUUCAGCAGCCUGAUCCAGUUUCAGUUGUGGAAUCAACUAGAAAAAUAGUACGAACGAAUAGCUUGAACAAAAAGUUCAAUGCUAGGGAAAUUCUUGCUAAAAAGAAUUUAUGGGCCCCAAGAAGCAAAUUCUUUGAUGGUCGCGGGAAGGAGAAUUCAGAAGAAAAGGUUAAUUCUAAUGGGCAUGUACAUGUUAUUAGUCCUGAAAAAGAAGAGGUUUCCAAAGAAGUGAAAACCAGUGGUUAUGAUGAUGUUGUACCACAAACUAAUUAUGUAUCUCUAAAUAAUUUAUGUAUCUCUCUACUAUUUUGGUGAAUGUAUUAUUUGAA